CCUGAAAGUAUAACAUGAUGGAGUCGGUACACAGUGAACGCUUUACCUUAAGAUCAAACCAAUCGGACUUGCGAAGAUAAGUGGAGCUGUGCCAUCUCAACGACAAACCGGAUUCAAGGUUUUUUCGUCAGAAAGCAACCAAUGAGGCAGAUAGGGGUUUUUUCGACAGACUGCAGACAGAUUAAGAGCAUUCGGUGAAAAAGUUUUUUUCGACAGACCGCAGACAUAUUAAGAGCAUUCAAUGAAACAAUUUACUAUUUACGCUCUAUCCAAGUUCUAUUCUCACAGCCAGCUGUAUAAAUUGGUACCCCCUUUCUCCAACUUCUUAACUUGAUUCAGUAUGUCACAAGAACUAAUACCGCUUGCAAUGAUGCAAAGAUGCAUCAUUCCUAUUACGACACGACCUACAUUCCUUCAGUAUAUGAAUGCUUUACCCAAACUGUCAAAUAAAACUACAAUGGCCCCACUUUUUUCAUUAUUAG